AUGAAGUUUUACAUUGAUGAUUUACCGGUGCUCUUCCCGUACCCCAAGAUCUAUCCUGAACAAUAUGCGUACAUGGUAGAUUUAAAAAGGACGCUUGACGUUAAAGGACACGGCGUGCUGGAGAUGCCAUCCGGUACGGGAAAGACCAUUUCGCUGCUGAGUCUUAUUGUGAGCUAUCAACGCUUUUAUCCCGGACGGCGAAAGCUUGUGUACUGUUCACGGACUGUCCCAGAAAUUGAAAAAGCGCUUGCUGAGCUCAAGCAGCUCAUGCUGUACCGAGCACAGUACGUGGAUUCGUACGACAAUGUGAACGGCCAAGAAGCGCUAAUGGAAGUGGAUGGCGAUGAGCGCAAACCGAUGGAAGAUAUCUUGGCACUCGGGCUAAGUAGUCGAAAGAAUAUGUGCGUCAAUCCCAUCGUGAGCCACCACCGAAAAGGCGCGGUGGUCGACGCCAUGUGCCGCGAUAUGACAAGCCCAUGGGCCACACAAAAAGGGCGCGAGAACCCUGGCAGUGUGGUUUUAUGCGAUUUCCACGAAGAGCUGGGCAAGCUGGAUCCUAGCCACUUGGUCCCCAACGGCGUUUGGACGAUCGAGGAGGUGAAGGAGUACGCAGAGUCGAAAGGAAUCUGCCCCUACUUUGCCGUGCGUCGCAUGAUGCCGUUCUGUGAUAUCAUUAUCUACAGUUUUCACUACCUUUUAGACCCAAAAGUCGCCGAGCAGGUGAGCAAGGAGAUGAGCAAAGACAGCAUUGUCGUGUUCGACGAGGCGCACAACAUUGAUAACGUGUGUAUCGAAUCGCUGAGCAUCGACCUGACGCGUCCAAUGCUCGAUAAUGCGUAUCGAUGUGUCAACAGCCUUGCAGACAAGGUCGAUGAAGUAAAGAAAGCCGACUCGGUCAAACUGCAGGAGGAAUAUACCCGACUCGUCGAAGGCCUCGAGCAGCAAAACGAGGCACAGGAAGCGGAAACAUUUAUGGCGAACCCUGUCCUUCCUUGGGAUUUACUUCAAGAAGCGGUCCCUGGCAACAUCCGCAGGGCCGAACACUUUGUUGCAUUCCUGCGCCGCUUUAUCGAGUACCUCAAAACAAGAAUGCGUGUUUUGCACGUCGUCGCAGAAACUCCGCCGAGCUUUUUGCAGCAUCUCAAGGAAAUUACGUUUAUCGAGCGAAAGCCGCUGCGGUUUUGUGCGGAACGCCUUCGCAUGCUGGUGCAAACGCUGGAACUAACGCGGCUGGAUGAGUACGUUGCGCUCCAAAAGGUCGCUAUGUUUGCGACGCUUGUCUCGACGUACGACAAGGGGUUCCUACUGAUUUUGGAACCAUUCGAGACGGAGCAUGCAACAGUACCGAAUCCUGUGUUCCACUUUGCGUGCCUCGACGCAAGCUUGGCGAUUGCGCCCGUGUUUGAGCGCUUUGCAAGCGUGAUUAUCACGAGUGGGACCAUUAGUCCGCUGGACAUGUACCCGAAAAUGCUAAAAUUUGACCCUGUGGUGCAGGAGAGCUAUACCAUGACACUGACACGCCAAUGUUUUUUGCCGCUCGUCAUCACGCGCGGAAGCGACCAAGUGGCGAUCAGCUCGCGUUUCGAGGUAAGGAACGAUCUCUCUGUGGUGCGCAACUACGGCAGCAUCCUGAUCGAAUAUGCGAAAAUCGUGCCCGACGGGAUCGUCGCAUUUUUCCCAUCAUACCUGUACAUGGAAAGCAUUGUCGCCGCAUGGCACGACAUGGGCAUUCUCGACCAAGUCUGGAAACACAAACUUGUGUUUGUGGAAACGCCAGAUGCGCCAGAAACCAGCAUUGCGCUGGAAAAUUUCCGGCGCGCUUGUGACAAUGGACGCGGCGCGAUUCUCUUGUCUGUCGCACGCGGCAAAGUAUCGGAAGGAAUUGACUUUGACCACAAUUACGGACGUGCCGUAAUUAUGUUUGGCGUGCCGUAUCAGUACACCGAGUCGCGCAUUCUCAAGGCGCGCUUGGAAUUUCUGCGCGACAAUUUCCGCAUCAAGGAGAAUGAUUUCCUCACUUUCGACGCCAUGCGGCACGCGGCACAAUGUGUCGGGCGUGUUUUGCGUGGCAAAUCAGACUAUGGACUCAUGGUCUUUGCUGACAAGCGUUUUGCGCGCGCAGACAAGCGCGCCAAGCUUCCGAAAUGGAUUGCGCAGUACAUCCAGACCGUGUUCAGUAACAUGUCCAUGGAUAUGGCGAUUGUGGAGAGCAAGCGGUUUAUGCGGGCGAUGGGCCAGCCGAUCCCGGAAGGAAAGAAUGGGAUCAGUCUAUGGGAUCUCGAGGACAUUGAGCGCCGCCAAAACAAAGAGCGCUUGGCAUUGGAGCGACUCAUGCAGGAAGACGCCGAUGCAUGGGUCGAACAGCACGCAAAGGAUGACCCGCACACAGUCUCUAUCCAAGAGAUUGGCCUGGGCGAGGCCCUGGGAACAGACCAAACCGCCGCCGCCUAG